UAUAUAUAUAUAUAUACUCAUUUGCAUCCUUUAAUAGAAUUAAGCUGUUUUCAGGGUAUCUCUCGAAUUUCUGAUCUGACCAAGUGGCAAUAACAGCAGCGAAAUCAUGGAACCCUUCAUCGCUACAUUCAGUGCAAUCGACAAAAGCAGAAGUAAUGUGAUUACAAUUGAUCAACUAAGAACUUACGUCAAAGAAAAUCAUUUAGAUAGAGAGAUGAUUCCGAAAUGGCAAAAUUUGUUCGAUCCUAUGGGAACUGGAAAGAUUACCUUUCAAAAAUUCUGUGAUGUCCUUGGAAUCAAACCGGAAAGAAUUCAAUCUGUGAGUAUGCGACCGGCCAAUGCAAAUUUACCUCCGGCUGGAGUUCGUCCAGAAAUCUUAAUAAUUAUGCAAGAAUUACCAUUGGCAGAUCAAAUCAAAAUAUCUGAAGAAGCUUAUAGACUUGCUCAGCCGAAAGAUAAAUUCAUUGAAAAAGAUGUUUCAGAAAAGCUUAAAAAAUGGCUUGAUGCUACAUACGGUCGUCAUUGGCAUGUAACUCUUGUCAAAGGUUCAUACUGGACAACGUAUACGCAUACACCGAAUUGGUCAUUUCAUUUCAAAAUCGAUCAACAUUCAUUCAUUAUAUAUCGUACACAAGAAUAGAUUAGUGCUUAACUAAGAUGGAAUAGUUUUUAGUAACUCAUUAUAUUUUUAUAUAUCAGAAUUAAAUCCAUUGUCAAUUACUUAUUCCACAAGAUAAAUACAGCUGUCUU